AUGGUUGCAUCUGGCCAGAUGCAAGGUUUCAUCUCUAACCCUAUAUUCCAAGUUGAUGAUGAUGCAGAUCUCUCUGAUGAUGAUGAACUCCCGGCUGGCAUGGUGGAUGAUCCUCGCUGUCCUGCAAUUCUGCUAUCCAAAGAGGAAAAGCGCAGACUCCGCCAACCAUGGAAACAUGCGCUUAUCAUCAAGAUGUUUAAUGGUAAGGUGGGUUAUAUGUCUCUGAUGAAGAGGCUAAAAAGAAAAUGGGAACUAAAAGGAGGAGUUACCCUUACAGAUAUUGGCCAUGAAUUUUUCAUAGCUCGUUUUUCCUGUUUGGAUGAUUACAAUCAUGUUCUAUCCCAAGGGCCUUGGAUGCUGGAUGAUAACUAUCUUACCAUUCGUAAGUGGGUGCCAAAUUUCAUCCCUACUGAUCAACCGAUGCGUUUUCUUACUGCAUGGGUGCGAAUUCCACAUCUGUCAGUGGAAUACUUUGAUCAAGAAUUCCUUGAAAAAAUUGGUAAUAAAAUUGGUAAAGUCACUCGUAUCGACCAAAACACAGUCCUAGCUCAACGUGGCCAGUUCACUAGGUUGAGUGUGGAAAUUGAUCUGGAGAAACCUCUGCUUUCCAAAUUCUGGUUCAAAGGGAAAGUGUGGAGAAUCCAAUAUGAAGGAUUACGGAUGAUAUGCUUUAAGUGCGGUAAGAUUGGCCAUCAAGAGGAACAAUGCACCAACCUUCACCAUGACCAUCCUCUUCCAGACCCUAUGGAACUACGAGAAGAUGGUGACCCUAAGCCCUCCUCUCCUCUCUCUACGAACCUGGCCAAUGAUUUUGGUUCAUGGAUGAUGGUUAAAAAACCACCACCUCGCCGAAGAGGGCCACGGGUUGAGAAAAUUCCGAUGGACAAUAAUCGGCCUGUCGCCGGAAAAAAAUCUUAUGUUCCCAUGAAUGGGGACGCAAUUUCAGGCAAGGCAGGUGGGUCAAGAUUUGAAAUUUUAGAAGAGGAUAAUCAGCCUAUGGAACCGGGAAAAGCCCCUGCAGAAGAUGCGAAAUCUUCGCUGGAAGAUUCCAUCCUAGCUGGAGAAGCCAUUGAUCUGGGGAAAUCUUCCCAGAAUUUGACCCAAAAUCUAUCAACAAAUCCCUUUAAUUUAGGACUUUCUAAUCCCCCCCCGCUUGAAGGUUCUUUUUUAGGAAAGGCUAAAUCAAAAAACCUUCGGAAAAAGAAAUCAAAUCCCGCGCCCACCACAAUUCUAAAAAAUAUCACUAAUAAUGCUACCCUAGUUCCCAUCUUACCCUCUGGCCCAAUAGUGUCACUAGGAAAAGAAAAUAACACGGCCCCCUUUCAAGCUAACACAGAAGCUAACCCUUCACUUCCUCUCCCACGCAUUACCCACGACCACCAUGAAUCCUCUCUUGACACAAACUCGGACCCUGCAACCGGCUCUACCGGUACCGAUUUAUCUCUCAAUCCCCCCGGAGAAGAUUCUCGGGGUCACUGUACCAAUGGAGGAACCCUUUUUUGGAACAACCGACCGCCUGAGUCACAAACUGGAGUUGGAGAUUCACUCAUGGAUGAUAGCCUCCUGGGAGAGUCCCGAACUCCUAAUCACGUUGAAACUACCCAAUGA